AUGUCAUUGACAGACGACCAGGUCAAUGCGGAGCUCCGUAAAAUGAAGGCCUUCAUUGAGAAGGAGGCCCAGGAAAAGGCAAAGGAGAUCAGAUUGAAGGCUGAUGAAGAAUACGAAAUCGAAAAAGCCUCCAUUGUCAGGUCCGAAACUGCUGCCAUUGACAGUGUCUAUGAGCAGAAGUUGAAGAAAGCAUCGUUGGCACAGCAAAUCACAAAGUCGACAAUUAGCAACAAGACAAGAUUGAGAGUUUUGAGUGAAAAAGAAAAGGUUUUGGACGAAAUCUUUGAGGAAGCCAAGAAAGAGUUGAAGAAUAUCUCCUCGAAAAAGGGCGAGUACAAGGGCUUGUUGGCUGGUUUGAUUGAGGAGGGUCUUUUGGCUCUCAUGGAGGACGAAGUCAACGUCAAGGUCAGGGAAGAGGACGUCUCUGUUGCCAAGGAAGCCAUCGAAGACGCUGCUAAGGGCUACAAAGAAAAGUCUAAGCAAGAAAUCAAAAUAGCUGUGGACGAGAAGGAAUUUUUGCCCAAGGAUUCCUCUGGCGGUGUCAUCGUGGUGAACAAGCUGGGCAAGAUCGAGGUCAACAACACUUUGGACGAGAGAUUGAAGUUGUUGUCUGAAGAGGCCUUACCAGGUAUCCGUUUGGAGUUGUUUGGGCCAUCUGCAACCAGAAAGUUCUUUGACUAG